AAAAAGUCACAAGACUUAGUGGUUGUAGUUGCAUUUUGUGAAAUACAGUCUGAAAACUGCUUUUGAAAUAUGGAAAAAUCUCUAGAAACACACGUUGAGGAAUUAAUGUUAGAACAUGGAGUGAUAGGUGUUCUGUGUGUAGAUGAGCAAGGGCUGGCGUUAACAGCAAAAGGCACAGCUAACCCAGUUAAUGCAGGACCAAUAUCAAGCUUAACUGAAUCUGCGAAGAAGCUCUACCCAGAGAUCGAGCCUCAGCCUGUUAUUUGUCUGGAAUCAGAUGCCUGUAAUUUGCUUAUCAAAUCACAAGACAAAGUAACUACAGCCAUUCAUAAAGUUCCUUCAUGAGUCUACUAGAUUGAGAUAUUUGCAAUAAUCAGUUGUUUUAUCAACUAACAAUUAUUAAACACAACAAUUUGUUAUAAUAAAUCAUUAAGAGUAUACUAAUCAUU